UGACACAUUGGAUACCCGCGCGCACUUUUUCUUCUUCUCCUAUUCUACAUUUUCCCAGGCUUUGUUGUUAUCUUUUGCCGAGCAGCACCCGAAUAUGAAAUCGGGCAAACCAAAACUUCCGCAUACUUCACGUUCAUUGAGCCCCGUGGGUUGUCUCCGUACCCGUAGAAUGCUUGAAGAAAUGGCCGGCCUCGUGGGAACUAAACCAUUGAGCCAGCUUCCUCGAAGAUUUGAGGACCUACAAGAUGAUUCAACGGCUACCUCACCAUCCUCUGACAGGUGGAAUUGGAUGGAAGAUGAGAAGUCUAGUUAUGAAAGCCUCUCACUGACUCCAUUCUCCUCUGUUUCCCCCAAUACCAGUAAGAAGUCUGCAACAGGACUUGAAACUCCAAAGUCUGCUGGAAACCUACACAGCCAAGAUAGGAAUUUGUCGUGCUCAAAACCCAAGAUAACUCCGGUAUGGAAAGCCCCAUCGGCUUUCCUCAAACCAUGGAGUCCUAGAAAGAGAUUCUCGUCUGUAGAGACUAAUCCAGGGACGCCAAGGAUUUAUCUACCACCUCCACCUCGGCCACCACCCGUUCCUCCACUUUCUCCACCGGAGAGACCCGAUAUACCUCAUGCAAGGGUCCUUCCACAGCGACAGAAACCGACGCCGAAACCGGACAAAGAAAUUAGGAUUACUGUUGGGUUUGGGGAGCAAGUGGAUCUUGAGCCAACAUUUAUUUGUAAGUGGAACCAUGCAAGAUUGAGAGUUGCACAGGAAGUUCCAGUCCCCGACCUUUCCCAAGCCUCCGAAGAAGAGUUCUACACUAAUCUGGCCAAAGAAUGGAAGUGUCAAGCCACUCUGCCCAACACGAAUCCAAUCGUUCGACGUCUGAAGUUUAUGAUUUCCAACGUUUUCUAUGUUCUUGGAGCCAUUGCACGGAAUGACAGAAAACAGACGCCAGCUUCAAGACAACAACUCGUUGAAUUUUACAACGAUACUUACACCAUGCUGAAGGAGGCCCUGAACCAAAGCGUCAAGGACAUCAUUACCGAUACCCUCGCAGCUCACAUCUUUCCACGUGUCAAACUCAUCUCCCUAGUUAUGUUGUCAGUUAUGCAGUACCGCAUGUACCUUAUCAGAUCUGAGAACACUUUCAAACAAAUGACACGGCUGGAAUCAAAAGAAGUCGCGGGAUUCAUUGAGAAUGACCUGACAGCACAUGGAGCUCUUGAACCACUAGUUGUCUCAGUAAGCUCGGAUGUAGAAUGGGUCUCUGAAGUUCAAAAAUGUCAGAAAUUCGUCGCCAUGCCAGAACUUGUGUACCAAACCUACAAAUCCCAAUUCAAAUCAGCGAACAAACUGUUUUUGGCCAGCACACACUGGGAGGACUUCAAGGUUUUAUUGGAGUAUAUUGAUGCCGGCAAUUUUAUUAAGGACAUCGAGUCGGUUUGCAAAAAGCCCAUCGCAAUGGAUAUACCCUUCGAGAAUCUUGCCACUUUUGUGCUCACCGCAGUUGGAAGCCUAAUGGAAGAAUAUGAAAAGGAGCAGAAGCUUCCGGUGAAGCCUGUUCUGGAAGAAGUCCAAAUGCGUUUCAAUUUGGCAAAGCAAUUUGGAGCUGCACUGGAGUCCAAUUAACCUGCAAUUUUGUCCAAAAUUAUCCAUACUUUUCAUUUAUUACAUUCCCCGUCCUCAAUUCAAGAUUUCAAUUUUACCAUACCCAGUUAUAUCACAUGAUGACAAGAUUUCAAGAAAAAAAAGUAAUUUGGCAAAUUUGCAGCCAGUUAAUAGAAAAUCAAAUUUUAAACAUUUUUUCAACUGGAAGUUUUUCUAUAGCAAUCACCUCCGCGGAGUUAUACAGCUUUAAAGUUUUGACGGCUAGAGACUGUGGAUGCGGGGAGACGCAGAGUGCGCGUCUCUCCCUCUCCACAAUGCCUCGCUAGGAAACGUUUAAAGCGGCGUAUCUCUGCGGAGAAUAUAGCUAUCUAAAAAUUUCCAACCGUGAUAAUGUUUAGAAUUUGAUUUUCUGCCGAGUGGCAGUACUGAAAAUUUAAUUUAUGAUACUUUGAAAUUUUCGAAAACCUUCUUGAGCUAUAAUCAUCACAAUAAAUCGAUAGCAAAUUAAUUUCAAACGAAUUUUCUAAUUUGAUGUAUUCUAAUAGAACUAACCACCGCCAAGCUAUCCACAUUUUGAAUCUGUGCAGUAAGAGAAAGAGACGCAGACGGCGCGUGCACUCUUGCUGUCUGCGUCCUCUCCUCUGUGACAAACUUCGAAAAGGCAUAAAUUUGAGGAGAACACAUAUAUUAAAAAAUUUCCAACCACAACAUUGUUCAGAAUUUGAUUUUCUAGCUA